GGGAAGCGCUGUGGUUGGAGGCUUGCACACGCUGAGACGGUGUGAGCUUCAAGUCCCUCAGCCUCCAGGUGCUGAGUCCCCCGUGAGAACUGAACCCACGCAGGGUGCAACGUAACAGAACGCGCGUGCGUACUUCGCGCUCAGCUCUGACCUUGGAACCUAGUAACUGCUGCACACGUGUUACUAGUGAUGCUUGUGGCUUCGUUUUAAAGACUCCAGUUGUGAAGUAGACCUUUUUCUUUUUGUGUUUUCGUUUGUGAACGUGUAACAGAAGGGUUUACCCCAGAAUUUCUGUGAUGUCUGGUAUGUCAAAGUGCACGUCAGUCCACAGACGGAGAAUAUUGAAGGAUGUUCGUUCCAAGAUCCCUGAAAGUCAGGCGGAAUGCUAACGAUGAUGGUGGAAGUUGUGCAGCCAAGAAAGUCAAACCAGAAGCAGAAGACCCCCAGCUGGGUGCAGGCGGGGAUGGUCCAGCCGAUGAUGCCUCAGGUACCAAAGAAGCUGCACUAGCGGCGCAUCACGGUGCCCAGCCGUGCCCUCUCCCCGGGCCUGCCAGCCAGGUGCCUGAGGGGGGUCUGGCUGGACCCGGGCAGCGGGCGCAGGACAGCGAUCUCCUCGAAGAGCCGGUGAAGUCCUUCUCCAAAACGCAGCGCCAGGCCGAGCCCGGGGAGCCGGUGUGCGUGGUAUGCGGGCGGUACGGAGAGUACAUCUGCAAUGAGACGGAUGAAGACGUGUGUAGCCUGGAGUGUAAAGCAAAACACCUUCUGCAGGUGAGCGGAACGGAGGAGCAGUUAGCGCCGGGCGGUCCACAGAAAGCGGGUUCUGGGCCAGCGGCUCCACGUCCUGCUUCGUAUGUCUACACCGAGCACGCCUUCAUCUCGAACCUUCGGGAGGACCAGAUUGAAAACCUCAGACGGCAGCUGGGAAUCGUGGUUCAAGGGCCAGGCGUCCCCAGGCCCAUCAUUGACUUUGAGCAUUGCGGCUUCCCUGAGGCCUUAAACCUCAACCUGAAGACCUCGGGCUACGAGGUCCCCACCCCCAUCCAGAUGCAGAUGGUCCCCCUGGGGCUUCUGGGCCGAGACGUGCUGGCCAGCGCGGACACCGGCUCUGGGAAGACGGCCGCCUUCCUGCUUCCCGUCAUCAUGCGAGCUCUCUUUCAGAGCAGGAUGCCAUCCGCGCUCGUCCUCACGCCCACGCGGGAGCUGGCCAUCCAGAUCGAGCGCCAGGCCAAGGAACUGAUGAGCGGCCUGCCCCGCAUGAGGACCGCGCUCCUGGUGGGGGGCCUGCCCGCCCCCCCGCAGCUCCAUCGCUUGCGCCAGCGCGUUCAGGUUAUCAUAGCAACUCCUGGGCGACUUCUGGAUAUAAUAAAGCAGAGCGCUGUAGAACUUGGCGGUAUAAAAAUUGUAGUAGUGGAUGAAGCUGAUACCAUGUUAAAGAUGGGCUUUCAACAGCAAGUGCUUGACGUUUUGGAAAACGUGCCUCAUGACUGUCAGACCCUUUUGGCUUCGGCCACGAUUCCAGCCAGCAUAGAGCAGCUUGCAAGCCAGCUUCUGCGCGACCCCGUGAGAAUCAUCGCUGGGGAGAAGAACCUGCCCUGCUCCAACGUGCGCCAGAUUGUGUUAUGGGUGGAAGAACCAGCCAAAAAGAAGAAACUGUUUGAAAUCUUGAAUGAUAAGAAACUCUUUAAGCCUCCAGUGUUAGUAUUUGUGGACUGCAAACUAGGAGCAGAUCUGUUGAGCGAGGCCGUUCAGAAAAUCACAGGUCUGAAAAGCACCUCUGUGCAUUCGGAAAAGUCACAGCCGGAAAGGAAAAACAUACUGAAGGGUUUACUUGAAGGAGACUAUGAAGUUGUCGUGAGCACGGGGGUCUUAGGAAGAGGCCUGGACUUGGUCAGCGUCAAGCUGGUUGUCAAUUUCGACAUGCCUUCCAGCAUGGAUGAAUACGUGCAUCAGGUUGGAAGAGUGGGGAGAUUAGGUCAAAAUGGAACAGCGAUUACUUUCAUCAAUAACAACUCGAAAAGACUCUUCUGGGAUAUUGCGAAACGAGUGAAACCCACAGGGUCCCUUCUCCCCCCACAGUUGUUAAAUUCCCCUUACCUUCACGACCAGAAGAGAAAGGAGCAGCAGAAGGAUAAGCAGACGCAGAAUGAUCUGGUCACGGGGGCUAAUCUUAUGGACAUUAUUCGAAAACAUGAUAAAAGUAAUUCUCAAAAAUGAUUUGUGAUACCAUGUUGAAUAAUUUUUAUUGCAUAUUGUCAGUGAAAUUUCUGUACAUUAUUCCUGUAUGGUUUGAUGAAUGUGACAUGCACAUGAAACAAAAAGUUAACAUGAUGUAAAAAGUUUUAAUGGACUAUCAAAUUUAUACAGCAAUAUUGUAUUUAUUUUCCUUUUUAAUUUUCAUAAAUUAA